GGCUGCUCCGCUGAUGUGGAGCGCGGUCCCCACACGUGGGAGGCCUCUGCCCCACUUCCCGUCACCACGAAUUCCCUGAGUCGUCCAGGGCUUUGCAGAAGCCAAACCUGCAGCGUCUGAGUUCUCGUGAGCAAACAACGCAAUCGCAAAGAGAAUUCCCUUCCUUUUUCAGGCUGCGAUUGCACGUGUGACAGCAGCUCCUGGGGAAUCCCUGUGUUCCUUUUCUGCGUGCCCUGGAGCCACGCACAUGCUCCCUUCCCCCGGGGCCCUGCCGGCCAGGCAUUGCGGGGGGCCCAUGCCCAUCAAGUCCCCUGAGUGACAGCCUUGCAAGGGGACACCCCUGAGCCACAGGUUCUGGGCCUCCUGGCCUCCAGCCCAGCCCCACUGAUGUGGGUCCCCUCCCACCCAGACUGAGGGCUUCCUCUUGGUCCGUGGUGGUUGGCGUUCUCCCACUGGCCAGGCGCACUCAGCAACCACCCAGCAGUCCACCAGGCCCGAGUCCCCUGUGGUAUCCAUGUCUGAGUUUUAGCCCUAAAUACUCUAGAGUUUGUGCCUCCAGGGCCGCACCCUCCUUUGGGGCCCCACCCCCAGCACCCCUGUCAUCUACCCCAUCAGAACUUCCUCUAAGGCCCCAGGGCCUGCCCUUGGGGACCCCCAGAUGGGCCCCUCAUCUCUCACCCUCAUUCCCGUUGCCAUGACAGAGCUAUUCUUGGCUAAUCACAGCUCCCCUCCUUCCCCGCCCACCCCAGCCACUUCCACUUCUCCCACCAGUUCCUCCUUGAAGGUCAGAGUCCUCCUCGCUUCCUCCUCCCUGGACAUCAGGGCCAUUGUCUUGCCCUGGACUCCACACCCCACGACCCUCCCUGGCCAAUGACCACCCACCACUGGAGCUCAGCCUACUACUUGGAAGCAGCCUCCGGGGGCUGCGAUGGGACGGGAGCCAUGAAUGGUGCCGGCCCCGGCCCCGCCGCCGCCGCCGCCGCCGCCGCCGCCACCCCCACCCCGGUCCCGGUCCCGGACUGGCGGCAAUUCUGCGAGCUGCACGCGCAGGCAGCCGCCGUGGACUUCGCGCACAAGUUCUGCCGCUUCCUGCGGGACAACCCGGCCUACGACACGCCGGACGCCGGAGCCUCCUUUUCCCGCCACUUCGCCGCCAACUUCCUGGACGUGUUUGGCGAGGAGGUGCGCCGCGUGCUGGUGGCCGGGCCGGGGCCCCGGGGGGCAGCCGAGCACCCAGACGCCAUGGAGCCCGAGCCCACGGGGCCCCCGGCGCUCAAGGCCGCGCCGUACGGCCACUCGCGGAGCUCCGAGGACGUGUCGGCGCAUGUGGCGGCCAAGACCCGCGUCCGCAAGGGCUUCUCGCUGCGCAACAUGAGCCUGUGCGUGGUGGAUGGCGUGCGCGACAUGUGGCAUCGGCGCGCCUCGCCCGAGCCCGACGCCGCCCCACGGGCGGCCGAGCCCCCGGCCGAGCCGCGCGACAAGUGGAUGCGGCGCCUGCGGCUGUCGCGGACCCUGGCGGCUAAGGUGGAGCUGGUGGACAUCCAGCGCGAGGGCGCGCUGCGCUUCAUGGUGGCGGACGACGCGGCCACUGGCCCCGGCGGCGCCGCCCAGUGGCAGAAGUGUCGCCUGCUCCUGCGCAGAGCCGUGGCGGGCGAGCGCUUCCGCCUGGAAUUCUUCGUGCCUCCCAAGGCGUCCAGGCCCAAGGUCAGCAUCCCUCUGUCUGCCAUCAUUGAGGUCCGCACCACCAUGCCCCUGGAGAUGCCCGAGAAGGACAACACAUUCGUGCUCAAGGUGGAGAAUGGAGCAGAGUACAUCCUGGAGACCAUCGACUCGCUGCAGAAGCACUCCUGGGUGGCUGACAUCCAGGGCUGCGUGGACCCCGGGGACAGCGAGGAAGACGCCGAGCUCUCCUGUGCCCGGGGAGGCUGUCUGGCCAGCCGCGUGGCCUCCUGCAGCUGUGAGCUCCUGACGGACGUGGACCUGCCCCGGCCCCCAGAGACCACGGCAGCCGUGGUGACAGCCCCCCACAGCCGAGCUCGAGAGGCCAUCGGGGAGUCCCUGGUCCAUGUCCCGCUGGAGGCCUUCCUGGAGACCCUGGAGUCCUCGGGCGGCAGCGGCAGUGACAGCAAUAACACAGGGGAGGAGGGAGCAGAGCCAGAGCCCGAGCCCGAGCCCGAGCUGGAGCUCUCCGACUACCCCUGGUUCCACGGGACGCUAUCACGGGUCAGGGCAGCUCAGCUGGUGCUGGCAGGCGGGGCCCGGAGCCAUGGCCUCUUCGUGAUCCGCCAGAGUGAGACUCGGCCUGGGGAGUACGUGCUGACCUUCAACUUCCAGGGCAAAGCUAAGCACCUGCGCCUGUCCUUGAAUGGCCACGGGCAGUGCCACGUACAGCACCUGUGGUUCCAGUCUGUGCUGGACAUGCUGCGCCACUUCCACACCCACCCCAUCCCCCUCGAGUCUGGGGGCUCUGCAGACAUCACCCUGCGCAGCUACGUGCGGGCCCAGGGCCCCCCACCUGACCCGGGGCCCUCGCCCAGCGCCGCGCUCGCGCCCCCCGCCUGCUGGAGCGAGCCGGCCGGCCAGCACUACUUCUCCAGCCUCGCCGCGGCCGCCUGCCCUCCCGCCUCGCCCUCGGAGGCCGGCGGCGCCUCGUCCUCGUCCGCCUCGUCGUCCUCCGCCGCGUCCGUCCCCGGCGCCCCGCGCCCGGCCGAGGGCCCGCUGAGCGCGCGCAGCCGCAGCAACAGCGCCGAGCGCCUGCUGGAGGCGGCGGGCGGGGGCGCCGACGAGCCCCCCGAGGCCGGGCCCGGCGAGGGCGCCCGGGGCCACACGCGCGCGGUCGAGAACCAGUACUCCUUCUACUAGCCGGGCGCCAAGGCCCUGGGCCCACCCGGACCCGCCGGGCCGCGGAGCGAUGGCCCACGUGGCCGUCUGCCCGGCGGACCCUGCGGGCCCCCGCCCGGCGCUGGGUGGGAAAAGCGAAGCUCUUCAGUGAAGACAUAUGUUAUUAAAGAGCCUGUUUUAGGGACUGCA